UGUAUUAGUAAUAUUCUGCAGUGGUUAAGUUAAAUCAUAGUUAUUUCAAAUCAUUACCGGAUUUGGCAAAGUCAAAUAUAAGUAUUUGCAUAAAGCAGGGACAGUUUAACAAGUUUCUGAAAAAGGAAAGGAUUUACACAGUAAAAGCAUUCAGCAACAAAACUUUUGUUAAAAUGAGUACUUCAAACGAUACACAAACUACAGAGGAGUGUCCGAAACCAUUUACAGAAGGUGGAAAAUGUUUAGAUGAAGUGCGAUUGGUAUUCGAUGACCAACAAGAACUCUUUGUUUCACAAAACUUUCUAAUUUUGUCUUCACCGGUUUUCGAGGCUAUGUUUAAAAACGAGUUCAAAGAAAAACAGUCAAAGACAGUCAACUUAACAGGGAAAAACUACGCAGACUUUCUGGAAUUUCUUAUGUGCAUCCAUCCGGGUUUUUUAAAUCCGAUAACAGAAUCCAAUGUUCUGCGCAUUGCACCAAUAGCUGAAGAAUAUCAAGUUGCCUCUAUUGUUACAAGUUGUAAAUCACUGAUGAAAAACUGGUUAGACAAAGAAUUACAAGUGGCAAAACGAAGCAGCACUUCCACUUUGGAACAUGUUGUUCCUGCUAGACAGUGUCUAACUAUUCUCACUACAGCUUUGUCGCUCAACUACGAGACCGAAACAGCCUAUGCUGUCGACACCAUUGCGAAGCUUCCUCACAGAAUUUACUAUGGAUCAUAUCGACCAGACACUAUAAACUCAAAUUACCUUGAUUAUACGAGAAAAGUAAAUGGAGUGGAUGUCAAAGUCAGAGAAAUAAUAGCUGAAUGUAGACAGUUAUUCUUAAAGCUACAUGCACAGCUUAGAUGUGAAAUAUUGUCAAAACGACUGGCUCUAUAUCCAGGCAAUGAGGUCAUGUAGAAGAAUUAUGGUAUACAGGUGCAAUUAAAACGGGACAAAUUACUUCUAACUUUACGAGACACGGAAUUUUGCAAAAGCGAAAUAAUGCGUAGCGUAAUCAUUAUGAUAGAACACGUAAGUUAAAAGAUUGACUAAAACAACUGACUAGUUUUGUGAAUAGAAAUUCUGGUUACAAGGUAUAUAACCUUAAAUUAAAUUCAUUUCCAUCAGUUCAUUCACUGGGCGAUAAUUUCUAUACUAUUAUUAGGCAAAAUAAAGUUUACAUUCUCAA